AUGGGUAGAGUUGCAGUGGGAGCUGCGGUUGUUUGUACCGCCGCCGUCUGUGCCGCGGCGGCGCUGGUGGUUCGCCACCGUAUGAUAAAUUCCAGAAAGUGGACACGUGGAUUGGCUAUAUUGAAGGAGUUUGAGGAAAAGUGUGGGACCCCUAUUGGGAAGCUUAGACAGUUGGCUGAUGCUAUGGAUGUUGAGAUGCAUGCUGGUCUUGCAUCUGAAGGUGGCAGUAAGCUUAGUAUGUUAAUCAGCUAUGUUGAUAAUCUUCCAACUGGGGAUGAGGAAGGGCUGUAUUAUGCACUAGAUCUUGGUGGCACAAACUUCCGCGUUCUUCGUGUUCAUUUAGGUGGAAAAGAUAAAGGUGUUAUUAAUCAGGAGUUUGAUGAAGUUUCGAUUCCUCCUCAUUUGAUGACUGGUUCUUCAGAGGGAUUGUUUGAUUUUAUAGCCGCAGCUCUCGCAAAAUUUGUUGAGUCGGAACCCGAAGGUUUUCAUCCUCCACCUGGAAGACAAAGAGAACUCGGUUUUACGUUCUCGUUCCCAGUGAAGCAAACAUCAAUUUCAUCUGGGACUCUAAUAAAGUGGACUAAGGGUUUCAAUAUUGAUGAUACCGUUGGCGAAGACGUGGUGGGAGAACUAACCAAGUCCUUGGAAAAAAUUGGCAUGGAUAUGCGAGUUUCGGCUCUAGUUAAUGAUACUAUUGGAACAUUGGCCGGAGGCAGAUUCUACAAUCAGGAUGUCAUUGCGGCUGUGAUUCUCGGUACAGGGACAAAUGCAGCAUACGUAGAACGCGCGCAUGCUAUUCCAAAAUGGCACGGCCUAAUGCCAAAAUCAGGAGAUAUGGUUAUAAAUAUGGAAUGGGGCAAUUUCCGAUCUUCGCACCUUCCUCUAACCGAAUACGAUCAAGAUCUCGAUGCUGAAAGUUUAAACCCUGGAGAACAGAUUUUUGAGAAAUUGCUUUCUGGCAUGUAUUUGGGCGAACUAGUACGGAGAGCUUUAUUGAAGAUCGCCGAAGAAGCGGAGUUUUUUGGAGAUACCGUCCCUCCCAAGUUGAAAAUUCCAUUUAUACUUAGGACACCUGACAUGUCUUCCAUCCACCACGACACAACGCCGGAUCUGAAAGUGGUUGGAACCAAAUUGAAGGAUAUAUUAGAGGUCUCUAACACGUCACUAAAACAACGGAAGAUCAUUGUGAAACUUUGUGACAUUGUUGCUUAUCGCGGUGCACGGCUUGCAGCUGCUGGUAUUUUAGGAAUCCUCAAGAAAAUAGGAAGAGACACAGUUAAGGCUGGGGAGAAGCAAAAGUCGGUGGUAGCACUAGACGGAGGGUUGUUCGAACACUACACGAAAUUCAGAGUAUGCUUGGAGAAUACGCUGAAGGAAUUGCUUGGAGAUGAAGCGGCUGAAACAGUUGUCAUUGAGCAUGCUAAUGAUGGUUCGGGCAUUGGAGCAGCACUUCUAGCAGCUUCACAUUCGCUGUAUUUGGGAGUCGAAGAAUCCUAA